UAUAUAUAUAUAUAUAUAUAUACAUACAUUGAGGGAGGGAAAGGGAGAAAGGGAGUGAACGUGUGUGUUUAUAAUUUCGGGGGAAGGGACUGAGCUAAGCCAGAUCAGAAAUGGACACCUCGCAUGGAGGAGGCGAAGGAGGGGGAUCGGAAAGGGAGAAGCUGAACUCCAUGUCCACCUCCACUACCCCAAUCGCCGCCGUAGCUAGCUUCUGGAAAGAGUUUAAUUUAGAGAAAGAAAGGAUUGCACUGGAUGAACAAGGUCUUAGAAUUGCUGAAAAUCAGGAGAACAGUCAGAAAAACCGUAGAAAGCUUGCAGAGAGCACACGAGAUUUCAAAAAGGCUUCUAAUGAAGACAAACUGAGCUUAUUUAACUCCUUGCUCAAGGGUUAUCAAGAAGAGGUUGAUAAUCUUACCAAAAGAGCAAAAUUUGGGGAAAAUGCUUUUCUUAACAUUUAUCAGAAAAUUUAUGAAGCACCAGACCCUUAUCCACUUAUUGCUUCAAUUGCUGAAAAGGAUUCAAAAUUAUCGGAGUUGGAGUUUGAGAAUCGUAAAAUGAAAGUUGAGCUUGAAGAAUUCCGUAUGGAGGCAACUCAUCUUAAAAAUCAACAGGCAACAAUAAGGAGGCUUGAAGAGCGCUGUCGUCAAUUAGAACAACAGAUGGAGGAAAAAGUAAAGGAAAUUGUGGAGAUUAAGCAACGCAGUUUGGCAGAAGAAAACCAGAAAACAAUGGAGGUUUUAAAAGAAAGGGAGCAGUUGAUGCAGGAUCAAUUACGCCAUGCUCAAGAAAGUGUUUCAACCAUUCAAAAAUUGCAUGAACUUGCCCAAAGCCAAUUGUUUGAACUUCAUGCACAAUCAGAGGAAGAGAGGGCAGCAAAACAAUCAGAAGUGAAUCUUUUAAUGGAUGAAGUUGAACGGGCUCAAGGUCGCCUCCUUAGCCUUGAGAGAGAAAAGGGCGUGUUGCGCUCCCAGUUACAAUCGGCUAAUGAAGAUAAUGAUGAUAGGAAAAGUGAUAAUUUUGAUACAAAUAGCAUCCUUGAGAAUUCUUUGAGUGCCAAGGAGAAGAUAAUGUCUGAAUUAAAUAUGGAACUUCAUAAUCUGGAGAGCACCUUAUCUAAUGAGCGAGAAGAGCACAUUAAUGAGGUGAAGAAGCUGAAUGUUCUGCUUCAUGAGAAGGAAGUUGCUCUUGAUGAAAUGAAGAAGGAACUUCAAUCAAGGCCUACAGCAAAGUUAGUCGAUGACUUGAAAAAGAAAGUCCAAAUCUUACAGGCUGUGGGCUACAACUCUAUUGAGGCUGAAGAUUGGGAAGCCGCUACCAGUGGAGAAGAGAUGAGUAAACUUGAGUCAUUACUUCUUGACAAGAACCGGAAAAUGGAGCAUGAGCUCACACAGUUGAAGAUCAAACUUUCAGAAAGGGCCUCUUUGCUGGAAUCAGCUGAAGCCAAGAUUGAUGAACUGACUGCUAAAGUUGGUGAACAGCAGAGACUAAUCCAAAAGCUAGAGGAUGAUAUUCUGAAGGGAUACAGUUCAAAAGACAAAAAGAGCAAUAUAUUUGAUGAUUGGGAUCUAUCAGAGUCUAGAGGAACAGAGCCAUCUGAGCCAUUUACCAAACAGGGCCAGAAUGUAGAACAAAAGCACACUUCUUCAGACCAAGAUCAAAGCUCAAUGCUUAAGGUGAUAUGCAACCAACGAGACCGCUUCCGAUCACGCUUGCGAGAGACUGAGGAGGAAAUAAGGCAACUAAAGGAGAAGAUUGGGGUUUUGACAGCAGAACUUGAGAAAACAAAAGCAGACAAUGUCAAACUUUAUGAAAAGAUCCGCUAUGUUCAGGAUUACAACUCUGAGAGGGUUAUUUCAAGAGGAUCAAAGAAGUAUGCAGAAGAUUUAGAAAUUGGUUUUGGCUCUGAUGUGGAAUCCAAGUACAAGAAGAUGUAUGAGGAUGACAUAAAUCCAUUUGCUGCAUUCUCGAAGAAGGAAAGAGAUCAGAGAUACAAGGAUUUGGGUUUGAGAGAUAAAAUUACUCUAAGUAGUGGACGUUUCCUCCUGGGUAACAAAUAUGCUCGAACUUUUGCAUUCUUCUAUACUAUAGGAUUGCACAUUCUAGUAUUCACCUGCCUGUACAGAAUGUCAGCUCUGACCAACACUGGCAAUGUACCGGUGGAGGAUAAGGUCAUCAUCCUUCCUCAUCCACAGUAAAAUCCCUUUUAAUACACGGAUUUUUCUUCUCCUCUGAUCCUGAAAACUAACAGAACUACAGCAGUACCAUUAUGUCAUUAUGUAAUGUAAAUAGAGAAGAAUAGCUUCAUUCAUUUUCAUGUCCCAUAGUAGAAAGUAAUGGAAUCCAGUUUUCACUUGGUUUCUUCUCUCA